ACGCCUGAGAGCGACGCUUGCAGCUGAUGUACCGCUGGCUCAAAAAUGGAGAGCGACACCACUUUCAGGAGAAUAAAACCCUUCGGGACACAGAAUUAUGUAGCGCAAGAUAACGACGGCUCUCGGGACCGGGGCGUGGAUAACGGCUACAACGGUGACCCGAAGAAGAAGCCCGAAGUGAGCCUAUAUUUGCUGCGGGAAGGACUGGCAGCUUCCCUGGUCUCUGUGUUUAUUUUGGUGCUGUGGGGACUCGUUCAUUUGUCGUUACAGCAGCUCGUCAUUGGCAAGCCGAGCGGAGACUUCAACGCAGUGAGAGCAAGACAGCACUUGGAGAAGAUCACCAGCGUGGGCCCUCGGCCAGUGGGCAGCCAUGAGAACGAAGUCCUGACAGUGGGCUACCUGUUGGAGCAGAUCGAGAACAUCCGGGUUGAGACCGCAGCGGGCCCCCAUAAAAUCACGGUAGAUGUGCAGCGUCCCACCGGCACUUUCUCCAUUGACUUUCUGGGAGGCUUCACCAGCUUCUAUGACCGUGUCACCAACAUUGCUGUCCGGCUGGAGCCUAAAUCCGGGUCGCAGCAUUUCAUGCUCGCCAACUGCCACUUUGACACAGUGGCCAACAGUCCAGGUGCCAGUGAUGAUGCAGUGAGCUGUGCAGUGAUGCUCGAGGUCCUCCAUUCUCUGGCCAACCAGUCUACUCCUCUUCUUCAUGGAGUUGUCUUCCUCUUUAAUGGGGCGGAAGAAAAUAUCCUGCAGGCCAGUCAUGGUUUCAUUACUCAGCAUCCGUGGGCAAAGCAGGUGCGAGCCUUUAUUAACUUGGAGGCUGCAGGUGUUGGGGGCAAAGAAGUUGUUUUCCAGACAGGUCCAGAGAACCCUUGGCUGGUCCAGGCCUACGUUCAAGCAGCCAAACACCCCUUUGCCUCUGUGGUGGGCCAGGAGGUCUUUCAGAGCGGCAUCAUCCCCUCUGACACUGAUUUCCGCAUCUACAGGGACUUUGGAAACAUCCCAGGCAUUGAUCUGGCUUUCAUUGAAAAUGGCUUCAUCUAUCACACCAAGUACGACACCGCUGACAGGAUCCUGACCGACUCCAUUCAGAGAGCCGGCGACAACAUCCUGGCGGUCCUAAAGUACCUGGUGAAUUCAGAGAAGCUGGCCGAUUCCUCCGAGUAUCGUCAUGGCAACAUGGUGUUUUACGACCUGCUGGGGGUAUUUGUGGUGGCUUACCCCGCCCGUGUAGGCACCAUCCUGAACUACAUGGUAGCCACAGCCACCUUCCUCUAUCUGGCUAAGAAAGCCUCAAUGCCAGGCAAUGGGGGUGGCCGAUAUGUCCGGGAACUGGCCUGUGCCACAGGUGUAGCGGUCCUGAGUUGGGUCGUCACGCUGCUGUCGGUGCUGAUACUCGCUCUGCUCGUCACUCUGCUGGGCCGCUCCAUGUUCUGGUACAACCACUUCUACGCCUCCAUCUGCCUGUAUGGGGCUGCUGCCACGGGCAAGAUGGUCCUCAUCCACACCCUGGCCAAGAACUUGUACUACGGAGUAAGUCGAGUGUUUAAUCUAAGUCUUUUUCAAAGGUAUAUGACAUUUUUGGAAAUAGAUGUACUAGCUCUCUUGAUGUUUUCAGAUGUGGUACCGCUCGCUGCUCCUUCUGCUAAACCUAAGCCGAUCAAGCCGAUCAAUCUCGAGGAGUGCAUCCUAUGCCAGAAGAAGAACCGAUCUGAUUCUAUAGAGGCCUUGGUAGAGUCCCUGCGAGUUUCACCUGUCCAACAGGUUGCAACUGAGCUGGCGCAGGAGCUGACAGGAUAUAGGUUUGGACUGCAGAUGAGCCUUUGUGAGCCCCAAGACCUCAAACUGUCCAUGGACAUAUUAAUUAAGAACCCACCACCAAGAUGGGAGGAGUUUUGCUCCUAUAUGUUCAAGGGGAAAACAACCUCUAAGCUGAAGACUGAUGUAGUCUUUCAAAUUCUGCACUACAUCAUGACUGAUGGCAAGGAACCAACACCUUUCCAUGUCAUGGCGGCUCAAGGAGUGCACAGUCUGACACGAUCAAAAGAGCUAGUGACCGCUCUUAACCAUCAUGGAAUAUGUGUCAGCUACAACACAGUCAUCUUGACCGUCCCCCAGCUGGUCUCCUCUCUGGACAGCAGGCUGAACUCCACAGGAGAGCUGGGAGACACUUCUGGAGCAGGGAGACUCUCCAUUGGUUGUUAUUAUGUGAACACGCCCUACGAACCCGCUACACUCCCUCACACCUCGGCCUGUGCCGGAAAAAUCUCGUGCCCGCACAGCGGACCGGUCGUCCUCUCCACACACGUGGUCAGACGGAACUAUAAUUAUAUGAAUAAGAACGAGACAGCAGUGAGGGAAGAGAUGGUUCACCUGGCCAACUUUAUAGACAGCAUCUACAUACAGCUGAAUGUUCGGGUGGUGCUGGUUGGUCUGGAGAUCUGGACUCAGCAGAACCUGAUCAGCACCGAGGGGGGAGCCGGAGAGGUGCUGAGUCGCUUCACCCAGUGGAGAGAGAAAGACCUGGUCCCUCGCCGCCGCCAUGACUCAGCACAACUCAUCUUGAAGAAGAGUUUCGGGGUAACAGCAGGGAUGGCUUUCGUCUCCACAGUCUGCUCCAGGAGUCACGGGGGCGGGAUCAACGCGUUUACCAAUAACAACAUUCCCUCGUUUGCCUCCAUCGUGGCUCAUGAACUGGGCCACAACCUCGGGAUGAACCACGACAACGGGCGCUCCUGCACCUGCCCCACCGGCGCCUGCAUCAUGAACUCUGGAGCCACAGGAUCCAGAAACUUCAGCAGCUGUAGUGCUGAUGACUUUGAGAAGAUGAUCUUGUCGACGGGGGGAACGUGUCUCUUGAACGUCCCUCGUCCUGACGAGGCCUACAGCGCCCCCUUCUGUGGUAACAGGCUGGUGGACAUGGGGGAGGAGUGUGACUGUGGCUCAGAGAAGCCGGGUUGUGAUAAAGAAAACACCACAGAGGCUGCAGGGAAACAGGGAGUGCCCCACACAAUUGUUAGCCCCAGUCACAUGUCCCUGUAUCUGAUGCCCCAUCGAGGAGCCGGCUUCUCCACGUGGUCCUUCGGAGACGGGACGCCUCAGUUCGAUCUGAGUGGAGAGUAUUUUGUGUUCUAUUCUCGAGGCCUCGACGCCCCCUCAUGGACCUUCUGGUUUGAAAUACAGCCCCCCAGGGACCCGGACCCCUCAGGCCCCGAGGGGAUGAUCUCCGUUGCCAUCUCCACCCACUAUUUCUUCGGACAGGACAGUAGGACUGCUCAGCUGGAGGAAGUCCUCCGCAGGUUUCCCUCAUGGGCUUUUCCUUCGUCUUGGGUCAGUACCUACGACAUGUACCGAUACUGAGGGACGCCAGAUAUCGCAGAGGACGGCGCCGAGGAGAGCUGAGGGUCAAAGGCCCCCCCCCCCGAGACAUACAAACUGAUUUUAAAGGAACAAUACUGAGGACCAGCCCGGGCGCCUUUCCUCUCUGACACUCUAACACACUCCUGCUCCCUGAGAGACCCCCAUCACUGUGUCAGCAGGCUUAUAGCUAACGGAGCAGGAGGAGGCGCGGAGACACGGCAGAGGUAAGCCUAUCAGAGAGCUUACAAACUCAUCGUCCGAGGCCCCGGCAGACACAAGCCUCGUGCUCUCUCCUGGGUUAGCGAAACAAAGGGGUUCCGUUUUCCUUUUUAUUUUUUUAAAUCAAUCUGUCGUGCCUUUGCUUUACUCGAUCCAUCUCACCCUCCUCCUCCUCACUUUCCCUCAUGCCUCCUUCCUCGCCCAUUCCUCCUGAAUGAAUAACCACUUCCCCUGCUAACCCCUCAGAUUACAUCAGGCUUCCUAUGCAGGAAUGAGCACUACCUGUAGAACCACUGUAGGUGUAGAUACAUACCGAUGGAUCUGUUUGACCCUUUCUCUGACUUUGACUGGAAACGUUGACACUUUGAAAGUUGCUUUUCACCAACAUGCACUUGUUUAUAUUCUGAGCAAAUCGUUUUUCUGUUAACAGUGAAAUUGCUCAUCUGAACUCCUCAGUAGCACCACUGAUUAGCAAGUCGUACCGCUGUGUUUACAUGAGGAACGCCAACAGUCUGCGUUAACUGUCAGAGAGCUGGCGUGCAGAGGCUGUGCCUGUUGGAUGGAAACAGCUGACUAGAAUCAAAAUGUCAAUGUGUCCUUUAAAGGAGCAGCCUUCCUGGGGAGUCUGUGCAUAGGGCGAUAUAAGUCUUAAUGUUUCAGCCUACUUGUGUUGAAAUGGUCUUGAAACAGGGGCAGUCUGAAUGUCCCGUGACUAGCAUUAUUCCCCGGGGCCUUGAGGGUGAGCGGCCGGAAAGCCAACCAACUCCACACUAUAAUUGUUACCAAAUGUCAUCACUAUCUACAGAAAAUACCCUCUGAGGUCAUUGGGAAAUAACCGACAUUAUGCAUCGCCAAAAGCAGUUAUAUAGGUUUUAUUUAAGGGUAAAUUAAAUGUAGAUACCCUCAAUCAUUUAAACGUUCACAUCGGUGCUGCUGCCGACAGCUCUUAGCAGUGUCUUUUCUUGUGUGUGUGUUGCUAAUAUUUCACAUAGUUCACUCAUCUCACGUGGAGCCUUUCCAUCUAGAGCCGAAGUACCACAACUUGCUCCUUCAGAUAGCCGGGCCCUGACAGCACCACGGUACAUUCAGGGCCGGGUCACACUUGAAGAGAAGCGGUGCAGUGACUGGAGAGAUUACACACAGGGGUUAAAGGUCAAUCUCUCCUGGAGGAAAUGCACUCGGCGUGUUGCGCUUGGUCGCUCAUGUGAAAAGUGCCAAGAAAGCUAGAGGAAGGUUCAAGGAUCACCGUAACAUCGGUCAUUUAAGUGCAAAGUGGUUGUUAAUGUUGGUUUCGGAAAGUUCUAGAAAUGAACAGGUGUGGGGGAGGAGCUUCACGGAGCUGUUUCACCACCUAACAAGCCGCCUGAGGGAGUAUACUGGUGUCACCACUACCUCUGCAGUGAUCCAUACUUUGUGAUAACAGCUUUUAUUGUCCUCGUGUCGUGGUUUGAAUGUGACUGUUGAACAAGUGGGAAUGAUUUAGCUCACUUUAGAGAGAUUAUUUUGAAUGGAAUAUAAAGCACCGUUAUGAUGAUCUGCAGGCGGUUAAAUCCCAUCUGUUAUCAAGUGACCGUCCCCCAAUUAGGAAUCUGUUCAAACAACAAUGUCCACUGUUGCUUGUCUAAAGUUUGACUCCCUCUCAAUGUGGCAUCGGGUUGUAAAGGCGUGGGAGAAAAACUCCUCGUUGUGAUCCAUGUUUUCCGACAUGCUGACAUGAAGGAGGCCUUAACAUUUCGCUUCCAACGACACAAACUGUUUACUGUCGUAGAAACCAACGACUCAGUGGUUUUUAAAGCUAUCAGGUGAUGCACUGUUUUUAUGCUGUUGUCUGUUGGAGAGUUUCAACUUAAAUCCAUCCCAGCCUUAGACGACACUCGGCAGUUAGCGGUCCUACUCUGCUCCUUCGCUUAUGCACACGUCUUUAAAGUACUCUAACUCCAUCUGUGUGUGAGAGCAGGUGACACAUCUCUCCUCAGUGUCCCUUCAUAAAACUAAACACAUCAGACCUCUUCUGUUAUGAAUUCACUUAGACUGUAUUGUAGGAAUAGUUUUUUGUAAUUGGCCGGUGAAAGAGAUUUGAUGCUACUCAUCACGUUUGUUUCUUUUUGUCAAUCCUAAUAGGACCAUACCUGUGUUUUGUGUGCGUUUUAGCCAUUAACCCCAGAUACUACAGUGAAAGCAAGUCAACCCCAAGGACAGUAGUUGGCAGUAAUGUAAAUGUGUGUGUAACAGAUGCUGCUGCUGCGUUAACUCAGUGCUGCUCUCCCCGAACCUCAACAGACACACACAUCAGUGUGUAGAUGCUUAUUUAAGUGACUUGAGUUGAUCUAAAUCUGUUUUAUUGAAAGUGAAUAUGCAGAGCGUCUACGGGAGGAAAAGCUUUAUUAACAAGUGUAAAUGGUUAUUUUCUAAUCAUCUGUGGAAAGUCAUAGGCCUAUAGUGAUUUUGUUAGACACUGAUGAAAGACGUCUCGAUUUAAAACGCUGUGAAACGGCUCCCCUGACGCCGUUGGUGCUCCCACUGUUAGAGUAAAGAAACACAGAGAGAGCUUAACAUAAAUUAAACAGUGAUUUGAUUUGAAAUAGUUUGCAACAGAAUCUAAUGUAACUCAGUUUAGACUGAGAGGUUGGGUAGAAUCACACUAGGAUGUAGCGUUACCUUCAUCACACAAUGUACUGACAUCUAUUCUGGGACACAGGGAAACGUCUUAAUGCCUGGAUGUCCUUCUUUUUUAAAAGAUGUUCAAAUUGUUUUGUUGUAGUUACCUGUUCCAACAUCACUCAUGCCUACUUCUCUAACUGUUGUUCAAUUAAUGUUAUUUUUUUUUUAAACUGAUGAUUUUGUUCAUUUUUGUGAGUUAUUUGAAAUGUUCAAUAACUCCUUGAACUGCUGUUUUGCUUCAUUGCAUAUUUGUCUUUCAAUUGAAAUGAACUGAUUGAUAUGACUGGUUUUAUUGGGAAUGAUCUGGUGACAGGGUAUCCAUCUGUUGAUUGGACAGGAUGAUUUGAUCUUAUGCAAAAAGCUUGAAUUAAAUUAGCACCUGUACAGCAUUAAAAACGCUUAUUACAAUAUU